CUUGACGCAUCCUUCCAACCCGUACAUUAACCAUUUUUCCUUGAGGCGACUUCAUUGAACAACACCAUGUGGCUAUUUAGCCUUCUCACCUAUGCUGGCGUAGCAACUGCUCUUACCUGUACCAUUAUCGGUCCAGGCUCCGGCAAUUGUCGUUCCUGCCCAGCUGAUGUCUGCGAUAUAAAGCGGAAAUUCAACACUGGAAGCAAACAGGACUUUAAGUGUGUUUGGCCUGAUGGUGGACCGGUUUCGGGCAGAAAGUAAGUUGAUCCUUGGGAGAUAUUAUUAACCUCAUGCUGAUGAUGGCCGUUCCUCAAGACGCUGGGGCUACAACCAGGCUCAUGACUGCUUUGUAUCAGAAGUAAGGCUUGGAAAGUGCAACAUAAACUCCGUGACGGAUUGUGUUGUUGGCUUGGCUCAGGGUUUUGCGCCGCCUCCCUAGGCUUCAACUCUACCCAGGACAGUUUCCUUUUGGAAUCUUUGUGCACACUUGCAGCCCCCUCAUUCUUUCGUUUUCUUUCAUUUCUUUGUGAUUCUCAAGGCAGGAGUUCUUCGGAAAAUGGACCAUUUCACCUCGCAUUCAUUCGACUCAAAAUAACUGACAUUCCAUUCAUAAAUAGUAUACUCCUUGUGCCAGCACACGAAACUAUUUGUCUGCUACACGCUAUACAUAAUGUGAUUUCCAAUCUAUUUUGCAAACCACCACUGUCUUCCUCAAAUAACACAAUCAUGAUUUAGCAUGC